UUCUCGCUUAACCUGUCAUGAAAAAGAAAACCCUAACCUGCACCUAAUUUUUCAUCGCCUAUAAAAGGGUCCUUUAUUCUCUCUAUCUUCUACUUACAGUCUCAGUCCGUUGCGUUUAAAGUCUUCAGACCUUCAAGACUCAACAAUGAGACCUCCAAGAGGCCGUGGUGGAGCUGUUGGGGGCAGAGGCCGAGGUGGCUUUAGUGGUGGAAGAGGCCGUGGUGGAGGCGGAGGUGGUGGAAGAGGCCGUGAUGGAGGCAGAGGUGGUGGAAGAGGGCGCGGUGGAGGCAGGGGCAAAAAUGCUGGUGCAGGAAGGAUGAUAGGUGAAAGUAAGGCGGUAAUCGUUCCACAUAGACAUGAAGGGGUUUUUAUUGCCAAGGGUAGUAAAGACGAUGCUCUUGUUACCAAGAGCAUGGUCCCUGGUGAAUCUGUUUACAACGAGAAACGCAUCAUUGUUCAGAACGAUGAAGAUAAAAGCAAAGCAGAAUACAGGGUGUGGAAUCCAUUCCGAUCAAAAUUGGGGGCUGCAAUUUUGGCCGGUAUUGAUGACAUCUGGAUUGCACCUGGUACUCGAGUUCUUUACCUUGGAGCUGCUUCAGGAACAUCUGUCUCUCAUGUAUCUGACAUUGUUGGACCUACGGGAGUGGUAUAUGCAGUUGAAUUUUCUAACAGAAGUGGGAGAGACUUAGUAAACAUGGCCAAAAAAAGGACUAAUGUUAUCCCCAUUAUUGAGGAUGCUAGACAUCCAUCGAAGUACCGAAUGUUGGUUGGCAUGGUAGAUGUCAUUUUCUCUGAUGUUGCUCAGCCUGAUCAGGCAAGAAUUUUAGCUCUGAAUGCAGCUUAUUUCCUCAAAGUAGGAGGCCAUUAUAUUCUAUCAAUUAAGGCAAAUUGCAUCGACUCCACUCUCAGUGCUGAAGAGGUAUAUGAUAAGGAGGUGGAGAAAUUGAAGGUGGAUCUUUUGAAGCCUAUAGAGAUGGUGACACUAGGAGAUUAUGAGCGAGAUCAUGCUUGCGUGGUUGGUAGUUACCGGGUGCCAAAGAAACGGAAACCCAAUGCCUAGUAGCAUCUAGAAGCUAGACUUUUACCAUGCUAUUCUCCUUUUUAUUUGAACAUCUCAUGUAUCCAUUGAGAUUUUUACUAGGAGUUUUACUUUUAUGUUAUGUGGUCUCCAAAGCCAAGACUGAAUUUAGCAGGCCCUUAGUGCCAAUUUGAAUCGGACACAAUUUUCAGCAGCAAAUUCCUGAAACUGUAUCCAUUUUUGUGUUCAUUUGCUUUUGUUAUUGUUGCAGCAGGCGAAGCCCAAAUAUGCAUA